AUUGACUUAGUGAAUGGAGAAAUCCGUGUAAAAAAAAUAAGUAAAAAAUAAUUAUUUACUGCGGCACUUAAGAGACCAAGAAAACCAAAGUCUGGAGUUUUCGGCGUUUUUUCCACAUAUUCAAUAACAAAAUGUGCACUCUUCUCAUAUGUGCUCUGCUGCUCGGUAUUCCUCUGCAAGUUGUGCUUUCCGCCAACGCUCCGAAAACCCCCAUCCUAGUGCCACAUUCGGAUAUAAAGAACCGCAAAUUCCAAACGCUCUUCAUUGCUGAGCUCAACGAGCUGGUGGACACGGCCGCCGGCGAUCAUCUCAACGGCCUGCUGCAGGAGUUGCGCGCCAACAAAGACUACGCCACCUAUGCAACAAAAAUCGAGUCAGCCGCAAGCUCCAAAGAACUGGUGACGAAAAUCGUUUACCUCAAGCAGCUGCUGGACAUAAAACUGAACGUGCACGAGCCGCACAACAUCGAAAACUUCUAUACGCUGCGCAACCUAAAUUUCCUCAGCAAACUAAAACAUCAGCUGUUGGCAUUGCAGGAGGAUAGCGCCACAGAGCUACGCCAUUUGCGUUGGUAUAAUUUAUGUCGGCAAUUUUGGUUUCGCGAUGGGUUAAAUGAGACGACAGCAACAACGGCAGCGCAUCGAGCCACCUCGCCACCGCAAAACGCACACUAUUGGAGUAACGUGAAAUUGGCGCCAUUGCGUGCGGAAGCUGUGGCCACAAAGGCUACUACACCUCCCAUGGCACACAUCGAUCUCGAACGCUUUGCCAGCACGUUGUAUGCAAAUGUAAAGGCGGCUGGCGCGGAGAUAAUCGACGAUUAUUUGCUCACCGUGCGGAAGCUGUUACAGGAAGUUGUUGAAGAGAAACACCUCGCCUCGUCGGAGGAGGAGGAGGCAGCGGCGGGCAGCAUAGCGGAUGAUUCACACGUACUACACGCCAGCAAAUUGGCCAAGGUGUUGACGGAAAUCGAUGCCAUACUCGCCACCGAUGAUUUCUAUGCCAAACGCAAUCGGCUAUACAGUUAUCUUGAAAAUGACCUCUCCUCCGAUUAUGAGCAAUUUAAGAGUUCACAGUAUGCACCUGAGGACCUGGCAGACAUUUUGGCCAAACUACAAAGCAAGGGCGUCGAUCUCUUUGUCACGUUCAUAUUCAGUAAUUUUGAAUUCAUCGAGCAUUUGCAUGAGACGUGGGCAAAGCUGCUGCCAUGGCCGUCGGCGGCGAAUGAAAAGCAGCAACUGCAGUACGAUGCGGCGUCACAGCGUUUAUUUGAUGUGCAUCGGUUGUAUUUAGAGUUCAAGGGGGACGGGGAGAAUAACGAACGUUACGAAGCGUAUCAGGGUGUGGUGAAGGCGUUGUAUGCGGAUACACGUAAUGCCAGCGAUAGUAUGCCGAUAUUCGAACUGCUCAACAAUGCGUCAGCCAAUGUGGGUACUGUCACAUUGAAUAUGAUCAAGGCGAAGUGUGAUGAAUUUUAAUGUGGCUGGAGCAGUCAAAAAUAGAAGAGGGAAAGAGAAGAUUGUUGAUUAAGUACAUUUUAUACCUAAAUUAAUUUUGUAUUUGGCUUAGAUUUAAAAGUUGCAACGGCCUGCGUUUGGACUGGUGUAUGGCAAAUUUUAUUUAUUGUUUUACAUGCGCGCUGAAUUUUUUAUUAUUUCUUAUCAGCUCGUCAGCAAGAUUUUGCUGCAAAUCACAAAUAAAAUUUUAAUAAAUUCACUGAUUGGAAAUAUGUAUAUGUAUUGACUAAUUUAUAAUAAAAUAAAAAAGCAAAUCUUUCUUGAUUUUUUUAACAAACCUUUGUGUAUUAGGUACGAUUAUAACGGUGAAAUAAAAAUAAAAA